GCGGCAGGAUGCGGUGGCUCCCGGGGCUGGGCUCGGGCUGGGCCGGGCGGGGCCUGCGCGUGGCGGCGGCGGUGGCGGCGGCGGCGCUCCUGAUCCAGGCGCUGCGUGGCUGGGCCUCCUCGCGGCGCUUCGAGUUCGACCCCGAGGAGGUCGCGCGCCUCGCCAAGCACCACGCCGGCCUGGACCACGAGCUGGCCUUCGCCAAGAUCAUCGUGGAGCUGCGCCGGCGGCACCCGGGACACGUGCUGCCGGACGAGGACCUGCGCUGGGUGUUCGUCAACGCCGGCGGCUGGAUGGGCUCCAUGUGCCUCCUGCACGCCUCCCUCUCGGAGUACGUGCUGCUCUUCGGCACCGCCGUGGACACCGGCGGGCACUCUGGUCGCUAUUGGGUUGAUAUCUAUGACACAGUAAUCUCAGGGACCUUCCGGCAGUGGAAAGAAGGAACGACUAAAAGUGAGAUUUAUUACCCAGGAGACACCCUUGUCCACCGUUCUGGAGAGGUCACCUCGGUGCAGUGGAGUGCCGGCACGUGGAUGGUGGAGUAUGGCCGAGGCUUCAUCCCCUCCACCCUCACCUUUGUCCUUGCUGACACGAUCUUCAGCACUCAGGAUUUCCUCACGCUCUUCUACACCAUCCAGGUCUAUGUCAAGGCGCUGAUCUUGGAGGCUAACGCAUACUUCAGCAACACAAGUCAGUGAGCCUUGCUCCUCUGUCCUCUCCCAGCCAACGAAAGGGUCAUCUCCUUCCCUGCCUCCCCAUCUUGUGCUAGUGAGCCUGGUGCGGCUCCCGUGCUUGCACUUCACUACCACACACAGUUAGGUGCAAAGCAUGUGUGUCAGGAAGCAAAGAUGGAUCCAAGAGAGCAGUCGUGUGUCACUCCCAGUUGCCCGUUCAUGAAUAUCUGAAUGUUCUGCUGUAAAUAGAUAUCCAAGUUGCUCACAAGGUGAUGAUUUUUCAGUGUCUCGUGGAGACCAGAUAUUCAGAGCAUUUUGGGGCCAUGCAGAGAAAGACCUGGGGGUGUGAUGACCGGGGUGAUGUCCCGUGUGCCAUGGCAUCAUCACACAGUUGACCCAAAUGCCGUUUGCGUGGUGACAUCAUGACAUGUAUCAUGUCAUCAUGGCUUUUGCCAGGUACCUUCAGGGAGAGAAAAUGCAUCUUCUUUCCGUGCUUUGGGUAUAAACGACUCCUACUGUGUCGCCAAGCUCUGUUGGUCUAUUCUCUGCUUUGUUUCAAAUGGGCCGCUUGAUCCCUUAAAUAUAAUAGGCAGUUGAGAAGCAGCAGCAGAACUUGAUUGAUUGAGCCCUUAAAAGUAUAUAUUUGCACUACUGUUUAAGGCAGGCAGAUAUUUCCUUGUACUUCCUUUUCAUCCGCCAUUCCAUACCCAGUUUAAUUUCUCAGAUGGAAAACGGGUAAUUUGGCUGAGCAAUAUUUGUAUCCACAGAUUUGAAAACACCCACGCAGUAGCUUGCAGACUGGAUUUCCUUGGGCCUACCAUGAACCUGUUCGCUCACAAUAAAUCAGCUGUGCUCCUUUUUAGACAGUUGACUCACCUUUACACGCUUGCAGCACACAAUUUCAACUGAUUUGCCCAUUUAGCAGCCAUGUUUUAGGUCUUCCAAAUCACUGCAAACAAGGCUGGAGGGGUAGACAUUUUCCUGUUCCUGCCAUAUUCUCCUCCCAUUCUAGAGAGAGAGAAAAAAUUAAGUCCCACAGUGGCCCAAUCAGGGUCAGCGGUGUUAGGGUUAGUGGACAAUGCAGCCCAUCCAUUUCCCCCCCUGGGCUGUUUCUUGUAUGGCCAUGUGGGGCUGAAAACUGAUACCACCACUGAGAUGCAGAUCCUCAUUUUCAUGGGGCUUCUCUAGGACUGGCUGGUUACAGAUGACAGAACAGUUAAUCUUCCAGGAAGGAGCCUGCGUGAACAAGACUAGGCAUAUUUGGAGCUAUACUUGGCCUCUGAGUUAGUAGGCCAGAUCAGUUAAUUCAGUUGGAAUUUGCACAACUUUCUUCACCUUCCAUAGCCCAGUUAACCGCAUCAUACAAACACAGCUUGUGAUUUUGGAGAGAUGCUAUCACACAGUAAUUAAGCAGUAGCUGCUGUGUGGGACAGUUAGCUUUUCAUCUACAUUGGCGACAUGAUUCUUCCUGUAUGUCUUAAUGCCUGGAGCGCCAACAACCAAAAUGUCUUUUGCAACCAUCCCUUUCCCAAAAGGGAUUGUAGACAUUCUCAUCCAGUUCGGUCCUGUAAUAAUGCAGAGCCACCAUCCGUCACCUUAACUACACGCCUUAUUCUCUUGAGCUGUGAGAGUUACGAUUUUAAGGCCUAAUUUCAGAAACUCACAGCUCAAGCCACGAUGGAUAUGCAAAGUUCUUUAUUAGGUCUUUCUCUCAGGCUGUCAGAGCCACGACUAGCCCCACUUCCUCCCGCCUCCCUUCCUGAGCUCCCACCUUUUCUUUGUCCCACCCUUCCUCUGCAUUGACAGCUUGCGUGACGGUGGCUUUGCAGUCUCUCAGUUGUGAGUGGGGUUGCUGCCAGCUGCUCUCUUCUCAUCCCUCGUCCCUCCAUUAUUUCUCUUUCUCUUUCAUUCCCCUUGAUGUGUAAGGUUAGAGUACCCAGUUGCAAUUAGCUAUUAAUUAUCAAUAUUAAUGAUUAUUAAUUAAUAUUACUAUUAUUAGCUGUUAAUCAUUAUUAAUUAUUAGUUUGGUCCUGUAAUAAUGCAGAGCCACCAUCGGUCACCCUAACUAUGCGCCUUAUUCUCUUGAGCUAUGCACAUGUGCGCGUGUGUAUAUACACCUCCUGUUGUUGAUGUAUCCGGCUGAAAACCAGCUGGUGGUGGUUCGUGCUGAUGUAGUUUGAGUGAUCCCUGUCACGAGGGGCUGGUGGCCCAGCGUGGCUGGACCUGCUUGGCUCAGAAAUGGACCUUUUCCUUCCAGAGUUGCAGAAAUGGCCAGACCCUCAGCUUGAACAUUCAGUUCUUUGGCUUGAAAUUCAAGUGAUGGGGUUCAACCCAGAGUUGGUUCAGCAGAACAAACAAAGAGGCAGUACUUUUUCCUUCUCAGAAUAUCCCAGAAUUGCAACUGCCAAAAGAGGGGCGCCAUCACCUGCCAGUGUGGGCUCCCUGUCUUUACAUCCAGUAUUAUUAACCUUGCUGGCAUCUCUUCCGACUUCUGCAGCAUGGAAAUGGGCCUGUAAUGCUGGGGGUCAGUUCUGCACUAUCCCUGGUUCCAGAAUGCCUGAGAGAUCCUCACCCUGGAUGCUUCCUUUGGUAUUAGCUCCUCUCUGGAACGUUAAGUCUUCUGAAAGAGUCCUCCGUCACCCCCAGAACGCUCUGAGAUUGCUGGAUUGUCAAAGCUUUGCUUGUCCCUUUCAGCCCUCCUCAUUUGUGAGCAUCAGUCUGAACUCUUUCCUCAACUUGAUUUUGCAUGGGUCAAAGAGCCGUCGCCUCCCUUGGGGGAGGAUUAUCCCUCCUUGUGCAUUGUUGAAAUCCUUCCCCCCUGUCAUCAUUUCUUCUUGCCUUUUACCUUCUGAAAGAUGGGCAGAAAGUAGGUGCCACUAGGGAGCAAUAAUGGCUUGUCCUGGCCAACCCUAAUACAGUUGGCAAGAGGGCGUUCUGUUCCUCCCUGCAGCCACCAUGGAGAGGCAGCUGAACAGUAUGUACCGUCUACCAGAUUUGAUUGGUUGCGUUGGCUGGCAAGUUACCUGUGCCCAUCAGAAAGCCCAAACGCCUCCCCCAAGGAAAAGCCCUCUAGGGGCAUCCUUGGACUUUUUUUUUCUUUUUCUUUUCCCCUGGGAAUUGAUAAUCUUGCAGUCUGGGGCACAUUUCCCCCCCCCCCAUUUCCUCCCACUCUGGGCUCAAGCAGUUCUUCGUUCAGGUCAGAAUGCGGUGUUGCAUUGCGGAAAGCUUACCUGGCGGCAGGCUCCCCAUGCCUCUACCUCUGCUGGCCACUCUUUGAAGCAAUCCUUGAGGCUGGCAGCUGUUUGGCAUUGACAGCCCAGAAUUUGCAGUCCGUUGGGUGUGGUAGCCUUGGAACCAUCGGCCAAAAAUAUAGCAUGUCUCCCGUUUCUGUUCCUCAGUUACUGCUAAUAUAGCGAGUCUGAUGUUCACAAACAAGUGUCUGAGAAUAAAUCAGUGUGGGUGUGUGAUUGUUAUACUUUGACAAAAGACGAAUACAAUGGACUGUGACUAAA